AUGGCACUCCACGAGAAGUUAUUAGAGGCGUCGGGCAAGCAUCCCAAGCCUGCAGAGCAUCAAUUUCAAUAUGGAACCGCCGGUUUUCGUAUGAAGGCUACUUUGCUUGAUCCUGUCGUCUUCCGCGUUGGUCUGCUGGCAGCAUUGCGGUCAAAGCGAUUGGGAGGACAGACAAUUGGUGUGAUGAUCACUGCGAGUCACAACCCGCCUGAGGAUAAUGGUGUCAAGCUGGUAGACCCCAUGGGCGAAAUGCUAGAAGCCUCCUGGGAAGCAUAUGCGACCAAGCUUGCUAAUGCAUCAAGCGAUGCCGAGCUCGUCGAAAUCUACAACAAGCUCUCCACGGAUCUUAAGAUCAAGUCCGAGACCCCCGCUCGCGUGGUGUACGCCCGUGAUACUAGAGCGUCUGGCGCAACCCUCGUUGCGGCCCUCGUUGAUGCGCUCGAGGUCACUGGCACACAGUACACUGACUACAAACUCAUGACAACACCUCAGCUGCAUUACAUUGUUCGAAGCGUCAACACCCAAGGCAGCGAAGCUCCCUUUGGCGAGCCCUCCGAGACCGGCUACUACAAGAAAGUCGGCGCUGCAUUCAAGAAGGCCAUGCAAGGCCGCAAGGCCAAUGGCUCUAUCACGGUUGACUGCGCCAACGGUGUAGGCGGAGGCAAGCUCAGAGAGCUGAUCAAAUAUCUCCCACAAGCCUCAGAAGGCGGCCUCGAGAUCAAAGUUGUCAACGACGACGUGCUCAAGCCCGAGCGGUUGAACUAUCAGUGCGGCGCCGACUUUGUCAAGACGAACCAGCGUGCUCCCCCCUCUUCCCACGCCGGGCAACUCGCACGAUGUGCCUCUCUCGACGGCGACGCUGACCGCAUCGUCUUCUACUUCAUCGACCACGACGGCAAAUUUGUCCUUCUUGACGGCGACCGCAUUGCUACGCUCGCCGCCUCAUUCAUAGGAGAUCUCGCCAAACAAGCCGGACUCGGGGACGAGCUGCGGAUCGGCGUCGUGCAGACGGCCUACGCAAAUGGUUCCAGCACGCAGUAUAUCAGCAAGAGCCUAAAGCUGCCUGUCGUCUGCACACCGACGGGUGUAAAGCACUUGCACCACGCCGCCACGAAAUUCGAUAUCGGGGUGUACUUUGAAGCCAACGGGCACGGAACAGUGGUCUUCUCCCCGGCAGCUCUGAAGACGCUCGCGACCACGGAACCGCAAUCCCCCGCGCAGAAAACCGCACUUGACACUCUCCGCGCCCUGACCGAUCUCAUCAACCAGACUGUCGGUGACGCCCUGUCUGACCUGCUCCUCGUCGAAGUCAUCCUCGCGCAUAAGGGCUGGGGUCCCAAGGAAUGGGAGUCGACCUACACCGACCUCCCCAACCGGCUUGUCCGGAUCGAAGUCGCAGACCGGAACAUUUUCAAGACUGUCGAUGCGGAGAGACGCUUGGAGAGCCCGCCCGGCGUGCAAGACCAGAUUGAUGCCCUUGUCGGCAAAUACAAGGCUGGGAGAUCAUUCGCGCGGGCAAGCGGCACGGAAGAUGCUGUUAGAGUAUACGCCGAAGCCGCGACGCGCGGUGAAGCCGACGACCUCGCGCAGAAGGUUGCGACUGUCGUCAAGCAGGCCGGGCGAUGA